ACACUAGUACCCACGUGCUGCCACAAGGGACUGAAAGAGAAAAUGAAGCUUCUCACUCAUAACAUGCUUACAUCUCAUGUUAAAGGAGUCAUUAAUGGUUACCCACUGAAACUAAUUGCUAGGAAGGUCGAGGUGAAAGAUGUUCAAUUCAAUUCUGAUUUCAUCUCGCGUAUGCUCAAGAAGGUAGACUGGCCGGUCUUGAAGAAAACAGCUGACAUGAUAGGUCAUGGUCAGUCGCUGCCUAUUGAAUUACCUGUAGAUUUUGAGUCCAAUGAAGGAUUCCUUCAAUCAGCACAUCAUGCACUAAUGGAGGUAGAAAUUAUUGAAGGUGAUUUAGAAUGUCCUGAGUCUGGGAGACUAUUCCCUAUUCAAGAUGGCAUACCUAACAUGUUACUAAGGAAAGAAGAAACAGCUCAGACUUAAAUAAUUAAUUUUAUUGUAGAGAUAUGUCAUAGUCAAAUGAUUGUAACUACUGUUGUUGGUUUUUUCUGAAAUAAUAUUAAUUUAUUGAGGUAGCAACUAAAA